UAUGCCGCAGGACGGACAAGAUGUUUCCCAUUCUGGCAGGAGUUCUCGAAGUGCUAUGCUAGUGCCGAAUCACCACGGGAUUGCGUUGCUCAGAAGGAUGAUUAUUUGGAGUGCCUCCACCGGACGAAAGAGAUCGCCCGCGCAAAAGAGAUCAAAUCCCACUUCCUCCAGAAAACAGCACACGAAGGCUCGGACGCGCGCAAGGCGGCAGAAAAGGCAGCGACGGGGUCGAUUGUGAGCUUGGGGCUGGUAGGGGAAGAUGAGGGGGAUGGGAAGUAG